UUUGUUUCUCCAAUCACGUGUUAUCUUUCAAAGAUGUCUCCACCACCCACCCCUUUCCCUGCAAAAAAAAAAAAGAAAAAGAAAAAGAAAAAUCAUCCACCGCUUCUGAUCGGCCGAAAAGCUUCUUGUUGGGUAAACGAUUAGUGGCGUCGGACCCGGUUUGGGAACUUCAAGACAAAGAUUGGGAUUUUUUUGUUGGGCGAGCAUGCUCUCUCAUUUUUUCCUUCUACACUGCAUUCUCAGCUUCAUUACAAGUAUCUCGACUUUUACUUAUGGGGACAUGGGUGAUAUCAAAGUUUUGACUGUUGGGAAGGAACUGUGGAAGGAAACACUUCCAUUACAAAUGGGUUCUCGCAUGUACCAAUUGCAAGGGCUCAAAUCACAUACUUGGUACGAAGUGAAGAUAUCAUAUCCAGCUUCUAUACCUGCUACUUUUUCUAUACAACUGAAGAAAGAUGGUUCAGACAUGGGGAUGAAUAAGAACAGAAGAUUACUUAAUACUGAGAAAUUGAUUUUCAAGACUGAUAGUCUCACUGGUAAUCAGAAUAACUUGUACGUAUUGGUGACUGUGGAGCCUGAGGGGGUUGUUGCAAUACCACAUGUACCAGAGAGGCAGUAUAUCAUAUUCAACAUAGUUUGUGAUGAGCUGUUAUUGGGCAUCCCAUAUAAGGCUUGGUGGGUUGGAAUCUUAGUUUUGCUAUGUUUGGGAUUGGCAUUCAUCAUUCCCCAAUUUCUUCCGCCGUAUCUGCUCCAACCGAAUGGAAGUACAAAGUCAUUAAAUCAGAAUGUUUCAAAGAAAUCUUGAUAUGAUUGCCUAAGAAUCAUAGCUUUCAUUUUGCUGUGGUGCUUUUUGCAGCUGAUAACGACCUAUAAGGAUGUUUGUGUAGUUAUGAAGUUCUAUAUUGUGAGCGUAUUGCAUUUUGCAUUCACUGUUAGGCCAUAGGGCUGUUUGGCCCUGCAGUUUUAAAUAGUGGACCAAAGUUCAGGUGGUGGUGUUAGGAUCUAUUUGCUAGCAAUCAUGGACUUUUAAAUCACCUGUAAUGGAGUGUGCUUUGAUAUGAAACUAUCUCGGUUAUGCUCUACUUCCAUACAAGU